AUGCAUAUUGUAGAAGAAAAGGUUCUUGCCUCAACGCAAGACUAUUGCAUGGAGAAUCAUGCAACUCUUCCUGUCCCAACUGCUGUAAUAGCAGAGAUGCAGACGCGCGGGAAGGGAAGAGAAGGCACUAACUGGGUCUCAUCAAAUGGAUCACUCACCUUUUCUAUUCUUAUAAAUGUAGAGAAUCACUUUGAAAAUGUAUCAAUCAUUGUCUCAAAUAUAAUUAAAAAUAUUCUACAGAAAGAGUACCAGAUUGACUCUAUUCGAGUGAAGUGGCCAAAUGACAUAUUUCUUGUGCAGGGCCAGGAUGAGUACAAAGUGGGUGGGGUGUUGGUUAAUUAUCUUGAAUCAGUAUCACAGAAACAGGCCUCUGCUACUGCUGUAAUUGGAGUUGGAAUAAACCUACAGCAGUGCCCUCAAAAGAGCAUCCAAUACAAAACUAUUUAUGAGAUGAUAGAAAGACCCAUCAGCAAGAAAGAGCUCUUUUUGAAGCUAGUGCAUGAAAUAGAAAGAGUUUUUUCUAGCAAAGAGACAUACACAGGCUACUGCAGUUGGUCUGACUAUUUCCCAUAUAACUAUGUUAUAUACAAAAACACUUCCUGUAAUAUUUUGCGAAUUGAAGAUGCCUUAUACAUUGAGUAUGACUCAAAGCCCACCAAAUUAAGUGCCAAUGAGUACUCAUACAGCAGAAAGACAAAUACAAUAGAAAGAAAGUAA